GCGCGGUUGCUUCCUGCACAUCCCUGGGUCCUGUGAGCAGCCAGUGCCGCGGUGCUCGCCGGGAUCGUUCUUUCCUCCUGUAGCUCUGAGACGCCAGCGAUGGGCAAGUGCAGAGGUCUUCGUACAGCCAGAAAGCUGCGUAACCACCGCCGGGAGCAGAAGUGGCAUGACAAGCAGUACAAGAAGGCUCACCUGGGUACUGCUCUGAAGGCUAACCCCUUUGGAGGGGCUUCCCACGCUAAGGGGAUUGUCCUGGAAAAAGUGGGUGUUGAGGCUAAGCAGCCCAACUCUGCCAUCAGGAAGUGUGUCAGAGUCCAGCUCAUCAAAAAUGGCAAGAAGAUAACAGCUUUCGUGCCCAAUGAUGGCUGCCUGAACUUCAUUGAGGAAAACGAUGAAGUUCUGGUUGCUGGUUUUGGUCGUAAGGGCCAUGCCGUCGGUGAUAUUCCCGGAGUCCGCUUCAAGGUUGUGAAGGUCGCCAACGUGUCUCUCUUGGCUCUGUACAAAGGCAAGAAGGAGAGACCAAGAUCUUAAACUAGCUCAAUGGACUGGGUUAUUAAUAAAUGUUUUUCAGUUCAA